AUCAUCUUUCCACAAAAUAAAGCUCAGCUAAUUACCUCCGAAUUUAGAACAACAAUUACAAGUUUACAUUUACAACAACGCCUGAUAUUUGAGAAAUUCAGUCCAUAAUUCAGAUUUUCUCUCUCAAAUCUCAAUGACAACAACUACCCUUCCCGCCAUUUUCUCUCUCCACUUUUCUUCCUCAUCCUACCACCCAACCAAACUCCAUUACACACCCAAUUUACGCCCUUCUUUCUCUCCCCUCAAUUUCAUCCCCAAAUCAAACCCUAGAUUAAGAAUUUCCUAUGGAGCUACAAUUUCAUCCAAGAAGCAACUUAAAUGGGUACCUUGUUGUUGCAGUGGUAAUGCCGAUAUUAACCCUGAUAUAGCUCAUGAUUCUUCUUCUAAGGAAUCAAAUAUUAACAUACAGCUUCCUAGGAGAUGCUUGCUCGUGCAAUUUACUUGUGAUGCUUGUGGUGAAAGAACAAAACGGCUGAUUAAUAAAUUAGCCUAUGAACGAGGAACUGUGUUUGUUCAGUGCGCAGGGUGUCUCCAGCAUCACAAAUUAAUUGACAACCUGGGUCUUGUGGUUGAAUAUGACUUUCGGAAUGAUACUGGUGAAGAUUAGUAUGAAUUUUUGGAAUACUUGUGCCCCUGUUUGCUUACUUGGACAUUUUUGUACUUCUUAACUACUAUCAGUAGGAAAUUAAUAUCUUUUUGGCGAGUGUUUCUCUUUUAAUCAUACAAAAACAAUCUUAGUUUUUGUAUUAGAAAUUUAAUUUCGAAACAUAGUUCAACUUUUACAGGUUUGUUCAUAUUCUUGAGGUUAUGCAUAAUUAGGAGGUAACUUCAACAACCUAUGAUCUUUGAUCUGUACUUUUUAUAUAUACUGAUAAAAUAUUCACAUCUAUGACCAUUGAGAAGAUUUUCAUAUGGAAAGAUCAGAAUAAUAGUGAUCUAUGGCUAGACCACAAACUCGAUGGCCAUGCUUUUGGCUAGGAUUGUUUUUUUACUUGAGGGCCAAACUCACAAACUCUGUUUGGAUCAAACAUUACCUUUGAUCAGAAUUGAAUAUUUUUGUAUGUAUUUGAAAUAAUUAUGUGUAAGUACUCAAUCACAUUGUUUUAACUGAAAAUUCUUGAACUCUCAUCUCAUAACAAAAAGUCAAAAAAAUGAAUGAAAAAAAAAAAA